GUCAGCGGUGAAACAUUGUUACGUGAUGGUCGAUGUGUACAGAAAUCAUUUUAUUUGUCUUUAGUAUUGUAAUUCAAUUCGUAAAACUGUGGUCGGUGAUUGUGAUACAUUUGCGAAAUGGUUGGUUUUCUUUCGUCAUCUUGGGGAAUAUUUUUGAUGCAACUUUGGUGACACUUUUUUUAAAGACAAAUCAAUACUUAAAUCCUAUCUAAUCUAAUCGAAUUAGGACAAACUGGGUGUAGUUAGUUUUCCCAGUCCGACGCCUCUUUGUUCUUAAAUUAUUGACUACCAUCCUUCUAAAAUUCCAUUGCCGGGUCUCGCGCCCAGAUCGUGAUAAUUUCAUGUGGCGAUUCAAGUGGGCCAUCGAAAAAUUCGCGGUCAUCGUCUGGUGUCCAUGAACUCGAUGGUUUUGAGCACCUGUAUGGACAAUAAUCUCGACUGACUUGGCGCCGACCGGCAUAUUCAUCAUUCUUUUUCUAUUACUACUGGAAGUUGUUUGUUGCCAACCAUUUCCAAAAAUGUGAACUUUGCUGUGAAGUGCCCAAAAUGCUCGUCCUCAAGAAAAGCGCCGAGGCGCAUGUGGGCUCGCUGGGAGUGUGCCUCAAACAGAAUUUGGGCGACUAUAUUAGACACCCGGUUCUCUACGAGCUGUCCCACAAGUAUGGCCUUCCGACUGAAAACAUUUCCGAUUCCCAGCUGUCGGGGAAGUUGGAAGAAUUGAAAGAAAUUAUAAGGAGGGAGAUCCGAAAAGAGUUGAAAAUUAAAGAGGGUGCUGAGAAAUUGAGGGGAGUCUCGACCGAUAGAAGAUCGCUAAAUCACGUUGCUACAAUUGUUAAAAAUUCUAACUGGAAACUAGCCGAAUUAAAAAAUGAACUCAGCGAAUUGGAAUCACAAAUUAUACUCUCUCAGGGACACACUACGCCAUCUACACCAUCAUCAAACGGGGAUGCUUUACCACGAUCCCCCCUAGAAGGCCAUAAUGACAAGGUGAACGCAAGCCAAUACACCAGAAUCGAGAAUUUGGAACGGCAAUUAAAUAUCGAACUAAAAGUCAAACAGGGUGCCGAAAACAUGAUCCAUAGCAUUAGGGACAAGAAACUUUUGUCGGAGGCUCAACAAAUGCUCCAAGACUCGCGGAAAAAAAUAGAAUAUCUUAAAAUGACAAUAACGAAGAUGAAACAUGACAUUGAUUCGAAACAGAGGGGGUCUAUGCACGAUCUUACUGCCAAUGGUGAUGUGAGUCACCGAGAGUUUGAACCGCCGGUGGAUGAACGCGUCGAAGAUUUGAAACACAGGCUGCGGGUGGAAGCAGCGGUUGUCGAAGGUGCCAAAAACGUAAUCAAAUUGUUCCAGAACGGGAGCAAGGAUAAGAGCGACAAAAAGGCGCUCUCAGAGGCACAGGACAGUUUGAGGGCCAGCAGUAUGAAGUUGGAUUUGUUGCGGAAGAGUUUGGAGAUGCGGCGGGCGGAAUUGCCCGCCGAUUCGCCCGUCGCGAUGCAAUUGAAGGAAGAACUGGCAAAUGCUCAAACAUUUAGUCCCUUAUCUGUUCACUAUACGAGUUUGCAACCGUUUCGGGAGCGAUCAAACGGGAAUAAAAUGUUGACGUCGUCGUCAACAAUCAACCGAUGUGCAGCCGUCACAGGUACCUUGGAAGUGAGACUCAUGGGUUGUCAGGAUUUGCUCGAGGAUGUGCCAGGAAGACCGAGAAAGGAGGCCGAUGGGAGCUCGAGUCCCAUGGAUUUGAGGUUUUUCAAGAAAGGAGUGACGGGAAGAGGGUCGUCGAAGAGUUACAGUAUUAAAGAUGAAGUUAGUGACGAGAUAAUGGCAGUGCUCAAGCUUGACAAUACGACAGUUGCUCAAACCAGUUGGAAACCGUGCUCACAACAAGCCUGGGAUCAAAGAUUCUCAAUAGAACUAGACAAGCAUCGCGAGCUAGAAAUCGGAGUUUAUUGGAGAGACUGGAGGUCUUUGUGUGCCGUAAAAUUUUUAAAACUGGAGGAGUUUAUUGACGACGACCGACACGGAAUGGCGUUGCAUUUAGAACCGCAGGGUUUACUAUUCGCUGAAAUAAAAUUCCUCAAUCCGAUGAUAUCGAAACAGCCGAAACUGCAAAGACAGAAACGAAUAUUCAAGCAGGUGAUGCCGCGAGCCAAGCAAAUGAACAUCAACAUCGUCACGUGGGGCCGUUGGAUGAAACAAUCGUCGCGAAUUCCCAAUCGGAACAACACCAUUGUGCAAUCGACGGAAAUGUUGCCCGAAGAACCGGAGGACAAACCGGAAACUCCGGGCGAAACGCCGGACCCUCAGGCGUUCGGUUUGGGUGGCCAGCGUCCGCUCGGCUUAGGUGUGGCGGUUCUGCCGGAAACGCCGCCCCCAGUUCCUACAGCGCCGCCUCCGAUUGCCAAAAAGCGGAUGUGUGUGACGCCGCCCCCCGUACCGCCAAGACUGGAUCCUGAGGAGCACUUUACGUUACAGAGUGCCGCUGCACUGAAGGAGUUUGAUUUCUUAGAGGAACAGGAGAUGUCUCGUACGGGACCUCUUCUGAUUCCUUCUACACCUUCACCUGUAGUGAUUCCCGAGCAAUUGGUUCCUCCUAGUCCUCAGCCCGUAAUUGAGUUCCCAGACGACGAGCCCCCUCUGGAGGCCGUGAACGUGGCCCGCCGCCCGGUGGCCCGCGAGCUGGGCUACCGCGACAGCGCCUACGAAUCGCGCCGCCACUCGCAAUACACCGGAAUGAGUAUCGACAACUUCAAACUGAUCAGCGUCUUAGGUCGCGGCCACUUCGGCAAAGUCAUCCUCUCGCAGUACCGCAACACCGGCGAGUACUUCGCCAUCAAAGCCCUCAAAAAGGGCGACAUCAUCGCCCGCGACGAGGUCGAAUCCCUCCUCUCCGAGAAACGCAUCUUCGAAGUGGCCAACUCCAUCCGACACCCCUUCCUUGUCAACCUCUUCGCCUGUUUCCAAACCGAAGCGCACGUCUGUUUCGUCAUGGAGUACGCCGCAGGAGGCGACCUGAUGAUGCACAUCCAUGCGGAUGUCUUCAGCGAGCCCCGAGCGGUCUUUUACGCCGCUUGUGUGGUGCUGGGGCUGCAGUAUUUGCACGAGAAUAAGAUCAUUUAUCGCGAUUUGAAGCUGGAUAAUCUCCUGCUGGACACGGAGGGUUACGUGAAGAUUGCCGAUUUCGGGCUCUGUAAGGAAGGGAUGGGAUUCGGGGAUAGGACGGGGACGUUUUGCGGGACGCCCGAGUUUCUGGCGCCGGAGGUGUUGACGGAGACGUCGUAUACGCGAGCGGUGGAUUGGUGGGGGUUGGGGGUUUUGAUUUUUGAGAUGUUGGUAGGGGAGUCACCGUUCCCGGGGGAUGAUGAGGAGGAAGUUUUCGAUUCGAUUGUUAAUGAUGAAGUUCGUUAUCCGAGGUUCCUAUCGUUAGAGUCAAUAGCGAUCAUGAGGAGAUUGUUGCGCAAGAUUCCAGACCGACGGUUAGGUUCCAGCGAAAGGGAUGCCGAAGACGUUAAGAAACAAGCCUUCUUUAGACACAUUCAAUGGGACGAGUUGUUGCAUCGGAGGGUUCCGCCCCCGUUCGUACCCACUGUGCAUUCGAUGGAAGACGUCAGCAACUUUGAUGAGGAGUUCACCUCCGAGAAGCCACACUUGACGCCGCCAAAAGAGCCGCGGCCCUUGACCGAACAAGACCAAUACCUGUUUAGGGACUUCACCUACAUAGCCGACUGGUGCUGACAUUAGCUUUAGGCCGAUUUGAUGAACAACGUGCUGCUUUAAUUUCAACUACAUGAACAAAUUUAUGUAUAUAAGAUCUCAGUAUUGAAAUCACGAUUCAUGCAAUUAUUGUGUAACAUAUCAUUUGUCAUGGUUAAUUUGAUAAGUCGCUCGCGACGGAUUUUUGUAAUUUAGUUUAUUGGCAGUUCUGUAUAUAUUUUAUUCAUACUCUUGUGGUAAAUUUACUCAAAGUGUUGCAUUUUUCCCCGAGUUGGAGUCAAGUCGCUCUUCCAGUAUGUAUCAAAGACUGUUGCAAUUCGAGAAUAGCUGAACUUGGAAGUGCCUGUUUUUAAAAGAUCACGCUCAGUGUACAUAGUUACUAAUCCUAGUGUAAUCUAUUAUUUUUUGAUGCUUUAAAUAUAUACCUAUAUAAAUUAUGUAAGUUUUAAUACAAACAUGUUUAAGCUGA